CACGCCUUGGGAUAUCCACUGGGGGGCUCGAUCGAAGACCCCAAGGCAGUCAACGGACGUCUGAACAAGGCCAAACAUGUGCGCUUCCUUGUCCAAGCCUUGCUCUGCCCUUUCUAACAGACUGUUUUUUUUUUUAGAUUGAACUCUCGUUCCUGCUGCUCGGUAUCGCUACUCUCGGCUUGAUCAAGCUAUCCGUAUGCUUCCUGUUCUGGCACCUCUUUGCCCGAGUCGUGUUUCGCCGUUUCCUCAUGGUCUGGAUCGCAAUCAUCAUUGCGUGGACUCUGGCCUUUGUCCUGGGUGGCCUGCUAGAGUGCGGCUCGCACCUCAAGGCUCUGUUCGGACAGCCGCAAGAGUAUCUGGAUCACUGCGGAAGCGCGAUUCCCACCGGAUAUGCAAUGGUGGGCAGUGAUGUUGCCACCGACUUUAUCACGCUGCUCAUCCCAAUUCCCGUGAUCUACAGCAUGAAGAUGGACAAACGUACUAGGUUCUUGACGCUGCUGACCUUUAUGAUCGGUGCCCUGUCCGUGGGUGCGUCCGUCGCCAAAGCCUACAUCUACAUCAAGGCAAGCUUGGGUCUGUGGACGUCGGAUGCCAUCUCCAUGCUCACUGGUCUCUCCAUCUGGAACCUGGCUGAGGUCCAUAUCGGUAUUGUUGCUGCAUGCGGCCCUACGCUGCGACCGAUCCUGGCACGCAUCAUACCAACCGAGAGUCUCAUGUCCCUCAUGUCCCUUUUGGGAGUAAGCUCGAACACGUCCAAGCAGAACGAGCUCCCCAGCUUUGUCAAGAUGCCAGAUGCCGACAGUGCUGAGCACUUGCAGCCCGGGGCAGAGAAGGUUGGAUCCAAGGGUGCUGAUGGGCCUCAUGGGGUUCGGCAGUAUGAGAUGGAAUCAUGGAACGACGCCGAGUCCGAGAGACGUGGUCAGAACCAUGUCUGAGGAAGACAGCCUGUGGUUGUCGGGGAGAUUGAGAAAUUGGUCCGAUGGCCGAAUGUCGUCUUCGUCUUUGCUUCAUUAUCGCUGUCGAUGCAAUGCUUGCUUGAUUGGUCCUCGGGCACUGGUUUACGAGCGGAUGCCGGAUG